AUGACACUAGAAGUUUUAACGGUGGAUUGGGCGAUGUUGGUCACUCUUGGAGGACACUGGCGAGAGCGUGGAUGCCAGCUACCUUCCUUCAAUCGUCUGGCAAAACUCCGUUUGUACAGCCCAGAGGAGAUCAUUCACUGGGAAGUGAACGAUGGUGUCGACACUAGGCUCAAGUGGAGGAUGGGUGUCGAGACGUUGCUCGACAAGACUCAUACUACCUUGCAGGAUCUGGACGUAUCUGAUGUCCAGGAAACCCCGGAACUGGCGUGGGUUUCUAUGUCUCGUCUCAGUUUCCCAUGCCUUCGGCGCCUGAAGGUCGACGGUCUCUACAUCGACCUUGAAUCGCUUGCAGCCGGCAUAUCACAGAUACCAGAACUGGAGCAGCUUGCGAUAGCCAAUGCCGGAAUUUUCGCACGGUGCGAGCGAGAAUGGAGGCCGGUCUUUGACGCUCUUCGCGACCAUCAACCUCGAAAGAAGCACAUCUCCUUUUGGGGAAUCCAACGCGUGGACGACACGGGCUGUUGGGGCAUAAAUAUUAUUGCGGACGAACUCAGAGGCGAUUAUCCCGAAGAGGAAAGCUGUUCAUAUCCUGAAAGUAUGGGAAACAGUCUACAGCGCUAUCUUACCGAAAGAGGGGAGUGGGACGGCCCUUUAGAAGAGUGGUUUACUGAAGACCCAGCAUAA